UGACCCCGUCAAUUUUUAAUCUCUCCACCUACUCCCCUCCACAUCUCUCAUAAGACCAUCCAAGUAACCCACAACAAUUUGCUGUUCAUCUCUCUCCCUCAUGCCACACAAAAUCCCAUUCUCUUGCUGCUCGCUUUCCAAUAGCAUCCAACAUUGGAGGGCAAGAAGCGCAUGACUGAAUGCGUGAGAGCUCCCUUCAAAACCUUCCACAUCAUUUUAAUUACUUUGAAACCGUUCAAUCCACAGGCAGAAGAAAAGAGAUGAGCUACCACAGGUCCCAUUCCCUAGGGAAGGUGCCCUUCUUAUGGGAGUACCAGCCCGGGGUGUGCAAGGUCACCCCAGGCGCUGAGGAGAGCCCACAGGCCGGGCCACCUAGAAAGCCACCCAAGCUGCCACCGCCACCGUGCUCGGCCGAUGGCCGGAAGUUCUCGGCGCAUGAUCUGUAUGUCCCUCUCCCUCCAUGCCCCUUCCAGCCUACUCGAUGGAGCUCGCCGAAGAAAGGGAUGUCACGAACGGAGGAGGACCCUUUUCUCGCCGCCUACUUGGAGUGCACCAAGAGUGUCAAGAAGCAAGGCAAAGCCACCAAGGGGAAGCUUGGCUUUGAGAAGGUUGGGCUUUUGUUUUCUUGCAAGCGUACAUGUGGAGUUAGGGAGGAUAGCAUGGUGAAGUUGUCUCAACUUCCUGAAAUCCUUCUUAAAGAGACAAAGUCGGGGAGAGGACAUGAUAGGAUGGGGAUCAAUAGCCGUAAGCACAGAGGUUUCUGAUCCUUUAGGCUUUGGUUUGUUCAUUGCUUCAAUUACCGGGCAGUUGGACCCAAAAAAGAAAGAAAAAUCACUUUUUUUCAAAAAAAAAAUUCCAGUUACUCUCACAUGUAUUUUUUAUACUUCUUCUUCUUCUUCCUUUCUUUGUUUUUUUUUUUGGAAUUAAACAGAUGGAUUUACACAUCA